CAUCGCGUCGCUGCGACACCAUCUUCAGCGUAUCCCCUGCAAGGAACGUUGCUUUCCCAGUAUUCACUAGGAAGGCAGCCGAAGUGGUUACGACCCCUGGGCGCGGAGUUCGCCGGGAGAUGUAGUCCCAGCAUACACAGCUUUGCAGAGUCUCCGGAAGUAGAGGCGGGAGAGGCAGGGCUGAGCAAGGUUUGGGGUAGCGGGACUCCGGGCUAGUUCUAGGGCGCUGCUGCCGGGGCCGGUCAGGUCAUGAACGGGCCGGCGGACGGCGAAGUGGACUACAAGAAGAAAUACCGGAACCUGAAGCGAAAGCUUAAGUUCCUCAUCUACGAACACGAGUGCUUCCAGGAGGAACUGAGGAAGGCGCAGAGGAAAUUGCUGAAGGUGUCCCGGGACAAGAGUUUCCUACUAGACCGACUUCUGCAGUACGAGAACGUGGAUGAAGACUCUUCUGACUCAGAUGCCACUGCAUCUUCAGAUAACAGUGAGACAGAGGGGACACCCAAGUUGUCGGACACUCCGGCCCCUAAGAGGAAGAGGAGCCCUCCACUGGGAGGUGCCCCCUCCCCCUCCAGCCUCUCCCUGCCUCCUUCAACAGGGUUUCCCCUUCAGGCCACUGGGGCCCCCUCCCCAUACCUGAGCUCGCUGGCUUCCCCUCCCUACCCCCCAUUCCCUUCUGACUACCUGGCCCUGCAGCUGCCCGAGCCCAGCCCCCUGAGGCCCAAGCGGGAGAAACGGCCCCGCCUGCCCCGGAAACUCAAGAGAGCUCACUCUGGCUGCAGUGUGGAGGAGGAGCUGGAUCUGGGAGAGGCUGAAGGCAGGGAGUCCAGUUAGGAGGCUGGUACCGUAGCCCAGGUGAGCUGAGAGGAGGGCCUGGCCUAGGCCAGUGGCUGCGGGGAUCCCAAAAGGGGGCCCAUCCAAGAUCUGAGAGGUAGCUGCCUCACACAGUGGGGGGGGAAGGCCUUUGACACCCUCCACUGAACCAGUGAGUCCCUCAGGAGGAAGAGGGAGAGGAGGCCUGUGGUGGCAAGUGGUCUCUGAGGGGCCCAGAGGCGGGCAAGCAGGCACUCCAGGCUGACUCUGGCUCUAACUGCUGUUAGAGGCAGCCAAGGUGCCUUACUGGCGAGGGCAGGGCCCAGCCUUUCCCUCCUGGUUUCCUGUAAGACCCCCUCCACUACCACCCUCAUCACCACUUCCAUCACCACCCCUCACCCCCAGGCACUUGCUGGUUGGAGACUCUGAAGGGGCUGAGGUGGGGCAGGCUCCCUGGUUCCAGCAUUGGCUGGCCUGGCUGUGUCCACUAACCCUUGAAUAAGCCUUUACCCUCUUUCCCAUCCAGUAGAACUGCCUUAAGGGGCAGCAACAGCCUCCUGGAGGUCCCAGUGCCUCCCUAAUCAGCCCUCCCUGUGUUUCUUCCCCCU